GAAAGCCGCUUGUCUUUGGCUUUAGCACACAGGCUAUUCUGUCACUACUGUAUACCUGUAUUAUUUGUCAAGGUAGUUGUAGGAGUUUAUUAAUUGUUAUUUAGUUGUACGGUUAUCUCCUGUUUUUGUUUUACACAAACAUUUAACAUUUUCUGUUGCUUUUUCGCCUUUCUGAGACAUGCUGCUGCUGCGCGUGAGGUCUGCACUCUGUCAGUCAUGGAGGGGGUUUAAGACCUUCCCUUGUGCAGCUGUGGAGGUUAAGAAUGAACCCAUCUUGGCAUUCAAAGAGGGAAGCAAAGAAAGAGCAGAGCUUGUGAAGGAGCUAAAAGAGCUAAAAGGAAAGACAGAGGAGAUUCCAUGUGUGAUCGGAAACGAACAGAUAUGGACCAAAGAUAUCAGAUACCAGCUAUCUCCCUUUAAUCAUGCACACAAAGUGGCCAAGUUCUGUUAUGCUGAUAAGGAGCUCCUAAACAAAGCCAUCCUGGCAUCUGUGGCAGCAAGGAGAGAAUGGGACCUCAAACCAGUAGCAGACAGAGCACAAAUCUUUUUCAAGGCUGCUGAUAUAAUCAGUGGACCGAAGAGAGCAGAGGUUCUGGCUAAGACAAUCAUUGGCCAGGGUAAGACCGUUGUGCAAGCUGAGAUUGACGCAGCAGCCGAGCUCAUUGACUUCUUUCGGUUCAAUGCCAAGCACGCAGUAGAGCUACAACAGCAGCAGCCUCUGGACAGUGAGGGCAGCACCAACACCAUGCUCUACCGUGGGCUUGAGGGCUUUGUAGCAGCUGUGGCUCCUUUCAAUUUCACUGCCAUUGGUGGAAACUUGGCUGGCACGCCAGCUGUUAUGGGAAAUGUGGUGCUGUGGAAACCCAGUGACACAGCUAUGUCCGCCAGCUAUGCGGUCUAUAAGAUUCUCCGUGAGUCAGGCUUGCCACCCAACAUCAUCCAGUUUGUUCCAGCCGAUGGUCCAGUUUUUGGCGACACCGUCACUUCUUCUAAGCACUUGGCUGGAAUCAACUUUACUGGAAGUGUCCCAACAUUUAAGCGCUUGUGGAAACAAGUGGCGCAGAAUCUGGAUAUCUACCGGAAUUUUCCUCGUGUUGCUGGAGAGUGCGGUGGGAAGAACUUUCAUUUCGUACACAAGUCAGCCGACAUUGGCAGCGUGGUGACUGGCACCAUUCGCUCAGCUUUUGAAUAUGGAGGGCAGAAAUGCUCGGCCUGUUCCAGAAUGUACGUCCCAGACUCGCUCUGGCCUCAGAUUAAACAAGAACUCUUAGCGGUGCACAAACAGAUUAAAGUGGGAGAUCCUGUCGAGGAUUUUGGGACAUUUUUCUCAGCUGUUAUUGAUGACAAGUCCUUUGGCCGGAUCAAAGGUUGGCUUGAACAUGCCAAGUCAUCUCCUAAUCUUACUGUCAUAGCUGGAGGAAACUGUGACGAUAAAAAAGGAUACUAUGUGGAGCCCACUAUUAUUGAAACCAAAGACCCUCAGGAUAAAAUAAUGAAUGAGGAGAUCUUUGGGCCAGUUCUGACUGUCUAUGUCUACCCUGAGAAUGACUACAAAAAAGUACUGGAGUUGAUUGAUAACACGUCUCCGUAUGCACUAACGGGAGCUGUCUUCGCUCAAGAUAAGGCUGUUUUGGACGAGGCAGCAAAAGCACUGAGAAACGCAGCAGGAAAUUACUAUGUUAAUGACAAAUCGACUGGUUCAGUUGUGGCCCAACAGCCAUUUGGAGGCGCCAGAGCAUCAGGUACCAACGACAAGCCUGGCGGCCCACACUAUGUCCUCAGGUGGACCUCACCGCAGGUUGUGAAGGAGACACAUGUUCCGCUCAGAGACUGGAAAUACACCUACAUGGGCUGAGAACUUUCCUGUUCAUCCACAAAAUCAUAAUUAUCUCUGAACUAAACAAAUGUCAACUAUUCCCUCAAUUUAUAGUUACCAAAGUUGCCUUUUAAAGUUUUAUGGUUUCUACAACAGAGGCUUGAAGUGAUGCUGCUCUGGGCUAAACACGCAAAACUACUAAAUAUGUAAACACUGUUAGGAAAACUGCAUGAAACCUUUCUUGGGUGGUUUCUCAUCCCACAGACGUCAUCAGUGUUGAUUACACCAAGAUCAGAAUAUCACUGGGGGU